UUUAAUCCGUCCAUAUCUGUUUCUUUCUCAAUUGUUUGAAACGGAAAAACAUCCUGGUAAAAUUGCAGCUGCAGUUUGUACCGAUCAUAAAAAUGGCGGCUAAGAAGCGAAGCAGCCGAAUUAGUUCCAGCUCGAGCUCCAGCUCAAGCCACCGAUCCGAAGCAUUCAAGCCUUCAUCGCCCGACUCAGUAAAAUCUCAGACGAAUCGCCAUCGUUGGCUCAUCACCAUCUUCUUCACUCUGUUCUUCAUAAUUUCAUUACUAAUUUACUGUCAAAGAUACUACUACUACUACACUGCUACCACUGUUGUUGUUGAUGUUGAGAAGCCCUAUGUUUACCAGCGUGGACUUGUUAAAGUCGAUUCGACUUACUGUGAAGUAAUCGAUGAGAAUUUGAAUGUUUCGGAAAAUAUUAGUCAGAGGCAUUUUGGGAAUCCUGUUCUGGCCUAUAUUACUCCGUGGAAUUCAAAAGGCUAUGAUGUGGCAAAGAAGUUCAGUUCUAAAAUUACGCAUUUGUCACCUGUUUGGUAUGAACUGAAGAAUGAAGGAAGUAAAUUAGUUCUGCAUGGAAGACAUAAUGCUGAUAGAGGAUGGAUUUCAGACAUUCGAAUGAAAGGAAAUGCUCUGAUUUUACCUAGAGUUGUCCUGGAGGCGAUUCCUCUGGACUUGCUUAAGAAGAAGAAGCUUAGAGAGAAAGCAAUCAACCUUAUCAUAAUGGAGUGCAAGGAAAUGGAGUAUGAUGGUAUUGUACUUGAGUCCUGGUCAAGAUGGGUAGCUUAUGGCAUCUUGCAUAAUUCAGAUAUGAGAAAUCUGGCAUUGCAAUUUAUAAAGCAACUUGGAGAAGCUAUGCAUUCUGUGCACUUAGAAAGGAAUGGCAAGACAAAUCUGCAGUUAGUUUAUGUGAUAGGCCCACCGCGUACAGAUAAGCUGCAGGAGCAUGACUUUGGACCAGAAGAUUUACAAGCCCUUUAUGAUGCUGUAGAUGGUUUCUCUCUCAUGACUUAUGACCAUUCAAGUCCUUAUAAUCCGGGUCCCAAUGCACCUCUGAAGUGGAUACGCUCUACGUUGCAUCUUCUUGUGGGUGCUGGCAGCAAAAGUAGGAGAUUGGGUGAAAAAAUCUUUGUCGGGAUCAACUUCUAUGGCAACGAUUUUGUCAUGUCCGGAGGUUUAGGUGGGGGACCUAUCAUAGCACAUGAGUAUCUCUCUUUGCUGGAGCAGCACAAGCCUUUAUUUCAGUGGGAGGGGAAUAGCGCUGAACAUUUCUUCUUGUACUCUGACAAUCAGCAUGUCCAGCAUGCUGUAUUCUACCCAACGCUCAUGUCACUUGCAAUGCGACUUGAGGAAGCUUGUUCAUGGGGCGCAGGCAUAUCAAUUUGGGAAAUUGGUCAAGAUCUGUUUAUUGCUGGCUAUAGCUUUGUUUGAGCAUAGUCAGCCAGUUUCGUGACUUUGCAUAGCUGCGAAAAAAAAUGGGAGAAAACAAUUUUUGGGAGAGAGAAGUAGUGAUUACUGAGCUAACCAAGGGGAAGGAAUUGAUGUUGCAACUGCAAAAACACUUUGAUCCCAUGAAACAGGACGUUUACCGGUAUUUGGCUGCGGAAAUACUUUCUUCCUAUGAUAAAGCUAUGUCCCUCUUAAAUGGCACAGCUUUAUCAGGUAUGAUGAGCAAAAGUAAAGAGAUCAUUAAUCCAUCACCAUCUUCAUCAACUGCUUCCCAGCUGGAAUCUCAUCAACUUCUGGCUGAUAGUAGCACUAAGAGCUGUGACCGCCCCUCUAAAUCCAGGAAGAGGAAGAUGCUGGCACCAAGGACAGAGUAUGUAGAAGCUCGACACGGAGAAGAGGUUCCACCUGAAGAUGGACUUAAUUGGAGGAAAUAUGGACAGAAACUUAUCUUAGGUGCAAAAUAUCCCAGAGAAUAUUUUCAAUGUGUUUGUCGUCAUUGUGAUGCUACUAAGAUGGUCCAGCGAAUCCAGACAGAGCCAUUAACUUUUGAAGUUACCUAUGGGGAAAGUCACAGUUGUGGUCAAGAAAACAAAAACCGAAAUGAAGAACUACUAGUUGCUGUGGGAACUCAAGUUGGAAGAGCAGCAGGGAAACUAUCUGAAUGUUACAUUCCUGAGAUGGUUACCCCAAAUAAUUCUAAAACGAAAUAUCCAUCUGAUAUUACAUACGAUACUAUCCUACAGUUAUUCUCAGACCAACCAAGUUAUAUUCAUUUAUAAUCAAGUCAAUUUUAUUAACUCAAAGACAAAGUGACCAAAUCUCCAUUUACUGAAAUUGGAGUAGAACUUCUAAAUUAUAGAUGUUUGUACGUCCAUGAAUAUACAAGCUAAAGGUAGAUAUUCUUAAUUGGGAAAAGAAACUUGUAUUCCAAAAAGAGAAACUAUUUACAAGCGGCUACUCCUUUACUUUCACA